CUUUAAUGUAACCGAUAUUGGAUGCCAAGACUAGCGUGGUGGUGCGGGACACCCCCGGAGUUGUCCCUCACCUCUGCCCGCUGCCCACUUCGAAACCCUCAUCCACCAGUAUCGUCUACCUCCUCACUUCAACCAUCAACACAUACACUACACACCGCCCACCAUGGAUAUGAGCAGAUUUCAAAAUAUCGGCACGAACAUCACCGCGAGCUUCUCGCCGUUCGCUGCCCGCACCGGACAGUUCGUGCGCGAGCAGUUCGGACAAGCUGAGGAUAAGACUCAACUCCCGGCGGACUACCUUGAGCUCGAGAAACGCGUCGAUGCGCUCAAGCAAGUGCACCAGCAGCUGCUAUCUGUUACGUCCCAGUACGCCAACGAGUCUUACGACUACCCUCCUAACCUCCGCGAGAGCUUCCUGGACCUCUCCCGCACCGUCUCGGAAAAGGUCCAGCUCCUAGCGUCCGCCUCAUCCGCCGCUGAAGCCCAGUCGGCCCUCACGAAGCCUGGCACCAAGUCUGCGCCCAAGACCUUCAACCACGCCCUUGGUCGGGCCUCUCUCACAUCUGCGCAUCUCCUCGAGCCCAAUGACCCUCUCGCUACCGCCCUCGAGAAGUAUGCGCUCGCCUCCGAGCAGGUCGGCGAAGCGCGUCUGCAGCAGGAUGCCCAGAUCGUUUCGCGGUUCAACUCCGCCUUCACCACUACGCUCAACACCAACAUCACAUUCGCGCAGAAGGCCCGCAAGAACGUCGAGAACGCGCGACUGACGCUCGAUGCGGCCAAGUCGAGUGCCAAGAACGGUGGAUUUGGGUUCCCGGCGAUCGGUGCUGCGGGCAGGAAAGAACACACUGGCGACGAGAACCUCACUGAGGCUCAGCGUGUCGAGAUCGAGACAGCAGAAGACGAGUUCGUGGGCUGCACUGAGGAGGCCGUCGGUGUUAUGAAGAAUGUGCUGGAUACUCCCGAACCACUUAGGAAUCUGGCCGAUCUUGUGCAAGCUCAGCUGGAGUUCCACAAGAAGGCCUUCGAGAUUUACUCCGAGUUGGCGCCGUUGAUUGAUAGUCUUCAGGUUGAACAGGAGGCGAGUUACAGGAAAGCCAGAGAGGAGGGAGCGUAAGCCAUGGCGAUAGUUUGGGAGGGGUUCUGUCUUUUGCUACUGCCUUGAUGUUAUGUUGCUCGCUUUCUCGCUUGCAUCUUUGUUUACUCGUGCGUACAUGAUGAAACGAUAUCGUGCGCGUGUGAGAUCAGUUCGCCCGCCUGAAGAGUGGACUCCAUGGUGCAGAAAAUGUGCAGACUUUGAACCCCAAAUCCCUGACAACCCUGGGUCCAGAGUAUGGAAUUCUAUCAUUUGACUAUGCAGAGUACUAGGUAGCUCGACUGAUGAACAGAUGUAAUGGGCUUAUCGACGGCAGCGGGC